AUGGGUGUCAAGGAAGUUUUCGAACGCGCCAAGAGCGUCGAGAUCGAGAGGUCCCACCACACCUCGAACAAGGAGGAGACCCACCAGUCUGACCUCCCUGGUCAAGGUGCCCCCGGUCUCGCUCCCGUGCCCGCCCUGUACGAGGCCCCACCUCGCAGCGACAUCACGCUCGAGGAGUACAUGUUCUACGCUCAGGUGCAGCGUGAGCAGGAGAAGCUCUACGGUGCCGCUGGUGUCGCUGUCGAGGCCAACGCACCUCACGGAUCCGGCUACCUCACAGACGCCAAGGAGAAGAAGCCUUCCUCCGAGGACGCCAGCCAGCACAGCCAGGGUGGUGUUCAGGCCGGUGUUGCCAAGCCACAGGUCAACAACACCGACGCUUCGACUUUUGACCAGCUCGAUGGUUUGUCCGACACCGAAAAGGAGAGCCGCAAUGCCCACCGCGCCAUCAAGACUGCCACUUGGGUCGCUAUCUUCUACCUCAUCACCACCGACAUUCUCGGCCCCUACGGUGCUCCCUAUGCCAUGUCGCAGAACGGUUACGUCACUGGUAACGUCAUGUACAUUGUCAUGGGUUUCUGCGCCUGGUGGUGCGGUAUCCUGCUGUGGAAGCUCUUCAUGCAGCUCGACUCGGCUCGCUACCCCGUCAAGACCUACGGUGACCUUGGUGAACGUGUCGUCGGCUCCUGGAUGCGAUGGCUCUUCAAUGCUCUUCAGACCCUCCAACUCAUCAUCAACGUCGGUCUGCUCUGCCUUACAAACGGCCAGGCGCUCAGCCAGGUCAUCAGCGGUGCGCCCGGCAACGCCAAUCUCUGCUUCUCCGUCUGCGUCGUCAUCUUCUCCCUGAUUGGUAUGGCCUUCGCUCAGGUCCAGACCUUCCGUGGCCUUGGUUUCGCCGCUUCCACCGCCGUCUACCAGAACAUUGCCAUCGUGAUCAUCUCCAUGGCUGCCAUCAUCAAAUAUGGCCCCUACAUCGCCGGUGCACAGGCGUCCUAUGGCAACGACUACCCCUACAACAACCAGCCCGUCAUGACCUCUGCCUUUGUGUCUUACGACAUCACACAGAAGGUCAACGGCUUGAUGAACAUGGUGUUCGCUUAUGGUGGUGCCAUGAUCUUCCCCGAGCUCAUGGCUGAGAUGAGGCGCCCCAUGGACUUCUGGAAGGGCAUGAUCGGCGCCCAGGCACUGAUCUGCACCGUCUACCUCGUCUACGCCAACGUCGUCUACGCUUACCAGGGACAGUACGUGCUCGGACAGUCCUACAACGGUAUCGCAAAGUACUCGUUCCAGACCGUCUGCAACAUGCUUGCCAUCCUCUCGGGAACCAUCGCCGCCGCCCUCUACGGAAACGUCGGUCUCAAGGUCGUCUACGUCAACACCGUCCAGGCCGUCUUCAAAGGACCCGCACUCAACACUCCCAGGGGUCGUGUCAUCUGGGCAAGCAUCAGUGUCGUCUACUGGGCGCUUGCCUUUGUCAUCGCAUCGUCCAUCCCUCAGGUGCAGACCAUCUCGGGUCUGAUCGCAGCCAUCGCCAUCAUGAACUUCUCCUACUCGUUCCCCUUCAUGCUGGCUCUCAUCUUCUACAUCAAGCGCGACGCCAUGCAGGGCGAUGUCGCCUAUGCACCCGGAUAUCCUGCCCUGAGGCAAGACACCUGGAGACAGUGGUCGCGAUGGCAGCGUGGUCUGUUUGGCGGUCACUACGAGAUCGGUGGCAUCGUCAUCCCUUCGAUCCUGAUCAAGGUCGUGCUCCUCUUCAUGACGCUCGGCUCGUACACGCUCUCCGGUUUGGGAAUGUACGGUUCCGGUGAAUCCAUCAAGGAGGUCUUUGACUCGACCGCCGCUGCCACCUCGUUCGGCUGCGCUGCUCCCGUUUAA